AUGUCCACUACAGGCUCUCCUUGGUUUACUGGAUCAGUUAUGGAAGCGGUUAAUCUGGCAACAACCAAGAAUGUUAUUUUCAUGGUCUACAUUUAUGACGAAAAUGAGGAAAGUCAACAAAUGAAUAAUAUAACUGAAAAUUCAAAUUCCGCAAAAACCAUAAAAGAUAAGACUGUCGCACUUCGGAUAUCUCGUGAUUCAGAGGAAGCUAUCAUGUUUGUGGUUUCUGAAGAAAAUCUCAUUUCUAGAAUUAAUACAGUCGCUUCUUUAAAUCUAUCCAUUCCGACUUCUACUUCUCUUCCUGUUUCUCCUCCCGUUGCAGAAAAAGAACAUGAAAUUAAUCGUAGAACUCAGGGAAAAGCUAUGCAAGAUGUUUAUCGACAGCAAAAUGAAGCUAAAACUAAAAAAAUUGCUGAUGAAUUUGCAAAACAAAAAAAAGAUGAAGAGGAAGCAAAAAGACGUAUUAGAGAACAGAUUGCAUUGGAUAAAGCUGAACGUCAAGCUAAACGACAAGCUGAAUUAUCAUUACAUGUUAAAACUUGGAUUGAAGAGGAUCGAACAGAUGGAAAAGCUCCUUAUAAUUUAAUUCAAAAUUUUCCACAUCGUCAAUUCAGUAUUAAUGAUGAAACUAAAUCACUUAAAGAAUUAAAUCUUUGUCCAACCAAGUAA